AUGCACGAACCACCUGCCGUCAACUCCGCCUGUAACCACACUGGGCACGACGCUGCGCCCGCCAAACCACUUCCGGCCGCUGAUGGCCGCAAGUCGAGUCUUGACGCCGUCGUCAGGGAGAGAGCUCUGUCGCAGUUGAUGAGCGAAGAGGCGUUCUCGGGCAAGGCAGACACGAUCGUGGUCUCGGUCGCGUCUCCAGACCCAGCGUACGGGACAGGACCGACACCAGCCGAGAGCCGGGAGAUCUCUGCUCACAAGGACGCCAGCACGGCCCCUUUCGCCGGAAACAAGUCGCGCAUCUCGGAGCGCAACAGCGACGCCACAGUACGCAGCGCUUAUCAACGGUCGAUGCUCCAGAAGCAGCACGGGGCCGUCGAGGAGCGGGCGUGGAUGGACAGGCGACCUGCAAACGCAUUACAUAGACACCGAUUGAGCAUGUCCUGCAUUGUCACAUUCACCGCUGCCUCAACAUGUAUCCUGAUACCCCUGCUACUCACCUUCUACGCCUCCAGCAAGAGAUACGCGAACCAGCCAUGCAUGACGCCCACCUGCGUCGAGUUCGCCAAGAGCUUACAGGCGUCGAUGAACGCCUCCGUGCAGCCGUGCGAGAACUUUGGUCGCUUUGUCUGCGAUGGGUGGCGCAGCAGGCACGCACUGACGGUACGCGAGAUGGCCUUCGUCGAGGCGCUAGAGGACAUCGGCGAAUCAUUGCUGAGCUUUGUCGUAUCAGAGAAGCGGGACCAGCAGGACGCGAGGCAGAAGGCGGCCAUGUUGUACCGCAGCUGCCAUCUCGUCAGGACCGGAGAGCGCAACGAGCUGCAGAAUGUGCGGGAUGCACUGCGCAAAGAAGGCAUCGCUUGGCCUCGCAGGUCACCGACGCCCGACGUUGUGCGCACGGUACUGCGCUUGUCGCUCGUGCUUCGCUGGGGCGCCCCGUGCGACGUCAUCGUGAGAUCGGAGGGCAGAGACCUGGUGGUCCAGAUGGAAGUAAACGCAAUGUUCUCCCAUCUCCACGACAAGUUCCUCGAGUUGUUCGGCGGGAUUCAGGAGCGCGAGGCUUACUUCGAAACCCUCAAGUCCGAGUUUAAGGCGAGCGACGACGACGUCUUGGACUUCGAUACGGUGAACGACUUCGACACUGCCGCAUUCCUCAGGCUCCCGCGGAAAGUGCAGCGUUCACGGUACGCGGUGGCGCUCGACAAGGAGCUGAUAUUUAGCAACGUCACCAACGCAACGGAGCAGGCUUGGCGGGAAGCACUUGACCCUUUUUGGCGCCCGAACAAGACCAGCCAUCUCGUCCUCUCGACCCGAUCGGAGUCGUUCGUCCGAAACGUUUGGAAACUCUGGGCGUCUAUCGUCCAAGAUUACAUGUACGCCUUCGUCUCCUGGUCCGUGGUGCAGAUCGCCGCGUUGUACGCCAACCAGCAGCUGCAGCUCAACUUCUACGGGAGCGAAGAGGAGGCUCAACUAAGACAAGGUGCGUCGUGCCUUGCCAAGGCCUUUCUCAUCGUCGGCAGUCAGAUAUUUUCCCGCUACAACGACGUCGUGUUGGCAGCUAAACCGUGGCUCCGUGCGCACAAUCUGAUCAGCGCUGUGUGCAAAGCAUUCCUACUACGCCUUCAACAGUGGAAGCAUUUCGACGCGAGUGUGGUGGUGAUGACGCAGUCGGUGACGGGAGAGAUGCCGCUGCUCGUAAUUCUCAACGACACCGUGAAUGAAGCUGGUGAGCACGUGGCCGACAUGUCUGACUCUCUCGUUCGCAAUAUCGAAAAAGUGCCUCUCCCAAAUGCAGAAAGUGUGUCGCUGCGGUCCAAAGCAUACUCGGCGAUCGAAUCUGCCCAGUUGCUGGUAUUGCUGGAAAACGAUUUCGCUCUCACGCCAUAUGCCUUCACGUUUCCCUACUUUUACGGAAGCGCUUCCACGGCGCUCAACUACGCAGGUGCAGGGGGCAUCGCCGCGUAUGCGCUUGCCCAGCUCUUCUUCAAGGCGUACGGGGCAUCGGUAUCGGGUAACGUAGCGCUACAGGCCGGCCUGCGCUGCAUGAAGAACGCCUCGGUGCACACUCUCAACGGAGUCAUCGAAGACAAAGUAGUGACGUGGCGGGUGCUGGCAACCAAGGCGUCGCUCGAUGCCCACGAACAGGAUCGGCCAUCGCGCGACGCGGCCGUCAGUGGUCUCGAUGCUUACACGGGCCCGCAAUUGUUCUUCAUGGCGUCAUGCUACUCACUGUGUCCAGGCAGCGACGAAGAUGCCGACGAUGGCGCGCAGUGCAACGCCCACUUGAAGCAUGUGGACGAGUUCGCCCAAGCGUUUGAGUGUGCUCCUGGGACGCCGAUGAACCCUCUGACAAAGUGCAGCACCAUGUGA